AUGAAGUUACAGCUCCUAGUCUUCGUUCUCUUUACAUCCCUCGCACAAGCCCAGUGGAAAGGUUGUUCGAGCCCCUGGCCCAAUAUCCCUCCAGGCAAAGAAUUCACCCUCAAAGAUAAAUGUCGCACUCUUUCAGGCUAUCCAAAGAAAUUUGAAAAAGCCAAUACAGAAGUCACCGUGACAUAUACGCAGCAAUGGAGCCGUCUACCCAGCAAGACCAAAACCGCUGUAAACCCAAUCCUCAAAGAGUCUCUCGAGAAAAGCAUGGAAGUCUACCGCAAAUUUGCAAAACUGCCAUCGAGCAUUGUCGUCAUCCUAACAACAGAAAGCGAUGAAGAUUUUACCGCUGAGACCUACUAUCCAAAUCUUAGGAAGCCACCAUGUCAAAUCAAGUUAUUCAAGAGAUGGACCACCGAAGCAACGACGAAUAAACCUCGGGUGCUACAAGCUCUUGCGCAUGAGAUAUAUCAUUGCAUACAGGAUCUUGGAAAACUUGGGAAUUUCCUUGAUCCGCAGUGGGUUCGUGAAGGUUCUGCGAAUUAUUUCAGUAACCUCGUCUUUCCUGACUCAAACGCCGAAUGGCCUGAUGAUAAACACAGCGGCGUUGCGUAUAAACCUUCUUUGCCGAUAUAUGCACAUGUGAAAAAAGAUGCUUACGCGACUAGCAUAUUCUUCCAAGCGCAAGAGAAACUGGAUGAGGAUGACAUGAACAAGUUUGUUCUGGCAACGCCGGGAGGGUCAAGUGGGCUUCAAGAACGAGCUCGACUAUCAGACUUGACAGGUUUUUCUGAUGAGUUCUUCACUUUCGCAAAGGCCUUCGCGCUUGGGCAGAUCAAAGACACCAAUGGAGAUCUCAUUCCGAUCAAGAACAUUAAUCCCGUUUCUGCGUCAAUCAAGUUUGACGAGGCGGGCACUACUGGCACCGCAACGCUCACAAGCACGCCGUUCACUAUUUCAGUCUUCAAAAUUACUAUUGACCCUGGGCGAACGGCGAAGAUUUACUCAUCGGCGAAUGAUAACCAGCGGCUUGCUUACCGAAAGUCAGACGUCAAAUCGUGGACCGACAUGGCCACCGAUUCCUCUUCUGGACGUACCAUCGAUCUUCCAUGCAACCAGAAAAACACUAAGCAGACAUAUAUCGUUGUAUUUAUCUCAACUAAAGAUGUCAAGAGUGAUAAAGUGAAGAUUACGGUUGCGACAAGCAAGCCCAAAAAGUGCGGCGCAAGAAGCGGGUUCGUUCUCUACCCUCUGUUUAACCCUACGACAAGUGGCGGAUAUUGUCCCAAAGGAACACAUUCUUCCAGACUAGCAAUUUGGUGUUGUCCAGACGGAACACAAUUGGAUGAACAUGUAGCGCAAGAAGUCAGCGUCUGCUGUCCAACAGCAAGGAAAUCGUCCCAAAUAAUCUUCGAUGCGCUAAUCCGGAGUGGAGACUCUGGAACAAGCAGAACAGAGAAGUUGGAUGUUGUCAGAUUGGUUUUUACCCUACAGCAAACAGAUAUUGCACAACGGAUUCCGCGGCAUGGGACAGACGUUUCGUACAGGUACCAUCACAUGCUUCACUAA